AUUUGUCCUCCAUAUCCAUUUGCCGUAUCGGAAAAAACCCCCUUAAAUCCCUCCCAAACCCUUCAUAAAUUCUUUAGAAAAGAAAAACUUAAAAUUGCGGAACAAAUGAUGAUGUAUUCUGCAAAUCAUCGGUGGAUGAUGGGCGAUUCGGUGACGGCGAUGCAGUCGGCGGCGACGUGGACUCGGUACGAGGACAAAGUUUUUGAGCAGUCUUUGGUGUUGUUCCCCGAUGGGGAUGAUCGGUGGCAGAAGAUCGCCUCUCGGAUUCCGGGGAAGAGCGCCCUAGACGUUAUUGCGCACUUCGAGGCGUUGGUUCACGACGUCGGCGAGAUAGACUCAGGCCGGGUUGAGUUACCGAGUUACCCGGACGACUCGUUCGGCUGGGACCAGGGUGAGCCCAGCCAGAUCUCUUUUGGUAAUAGCAAGAAGCAGGGCGAGGCUGAACGCAAGAAGGGAACUCCAUGGACCGAAGAAGAACACAGGCUGUUCCUCAUUGGUCUCGACAGGUACGGGAAGGGCGACUGGAGGAGCAUUUCCAGGAACGUGGUGGUGACGAGGACCCCAACUCAGGUGGCGAGUCACGCUCAGAAGUACUAUCUCCGGCAACAGUCCAUGAAGAAAGAGCGAAAGCGGUCCAGCAUCCACGACAUUACCACCGCCGUGGAUACUAAGACUGUGCCUCCUCAGACAAGUUUUGCGAACCAAGGAGGAGUUGGAGGAGGAGGAGGAGGGGGGUAUCAUCAGAACUACAACUUCCCCACACAGCAGGGAUGAAACCAUGAAUAAAGAGAAAAAAAAGAGAAGGAGAUGAUACUUGUAAAUGCAACUUUCCCAACUUGUAAGUAUUCCUAGAUUAGGUGGUAGUUGGUUUAGGGGAUUAGUUAGGAGGGUAUAAGUUGUUUGUGGCUGGCUGGUUGAGCUGAAGGGCAACAGUGACAAAUUGUAUGAGGAGGAUUGUUAUGUAAAGAGAACAUGACUUCUGAAUGAUAAGAUUUUUUUUU